UUUUAGUUUUUCAGCAAAAAAAAUGUCUGCUGGACGAGGCGAGAAGCCGCCGUGCAGUAUUUGUGGAGAAGUUGGUAAUGGUGUGCAUUUUGGAGCAGAAGCCUGUCGAGCCUGCGCAGCAUUUUUCCGCCGUUCAGUUGCCCUCAACAAAUUGUACAGAUGCCGUGGAGAUGGAAAUUGUGAUAUUCUUUCAACUAUCAGAUGCAUGUGCCGAGCUUGUCGAUUUGCAAAAUGUAUGGCAGUUGGGAUGAAGCGAGAAGCCGUUCAAAAAUACCGUGACGCUUACGGAAAACGUGGCUCUGACGUCGAAUCGCCGGGCAGCUCAUCAGUUUCACUUCCGAAUCAAGGCGACGGAUUUGGCCCUCCUGGUGGUUUCAACCCGAAUUCCACGUUCGACAGUGUCGAGGAAUGCGGAAUGCCAAUUUUGACCAUGUUGAGCCAGAAUUACGAAAAACUGCAAAGUGUCCGCCGCGUCGUACAUCACGAUCAGGGCAGCAGUGUGUUUCAGAUGCGAACCCCAAAAGCGGUGAGCUACAAAGAGGCGAAUAUUGUCAGCUCGAAGGAAUGUGAUCUGGUGGCCGACUGGAUUCUCAACUCGUACCCCGGAUUCGCAGAUUUACACAAAGAUCAGAAAAUAAUUUUGUUCCGCAAUUUUUUCUUGCCAUUCGUGAUUCUCCAGGGCGGUCAUUUUGCGUGUAUUCAUAACCGUAGUGACGUCAUAAUUCUAGCGUCAGGUGACUACAUCGACUGCUCGCACCCGGAGACGUUCUACUACGACCCAGACGGCCGCCAGCUCAUGUCUUCAGAGGAUGCAGUCAGAAUGUUUGCAUCGAGUUUCAGUAUUUACCGGCGAAAUGUCACAGAUCCGAUGCUCCGGGAUAAUGUGGACAGUUUUGAGUUUUUCGCGCUUUGCUCAUUGGUUUUAUUUGAUACUGGCCUGGAAGGACAAUCUGAGGAGUGUAUUCGGGUCUCGCGACGAAUUCGAGAGGCGAUUCAGCGAGAGAUACUGUACCACUAUCGGAAUGUGAGACAUAUUGAGGACCCGUCGAUGAGGCUGGCGAAUUUACUGUCUUUGUUGCCAGCGUUGCAGAGAGCCACCCGCCGAUUCCAGGAAGACGUAGAAAUUUCACACGUCUUCAAUGUCUACUCAGUGGACGCGAAGUUCUACGAAAUGUGUAAUGGCCGAUUCUAAUACAGUACUACCUACAGAAAAAAAAUGCCAAGAAUUUUUUUAAAUUGUAUAUAAUCCUGAAAAAAAAGUCAAAAAAUGUGCCUGAAACUGUGAUCAAAAUCUAGUUUUUUAUUGUUGUAGAAAUUAACUUUGUGAUUUGAUUUGAUUUGUUUUUUUUUUUGCAAAUAUUUUAUUUCUCAUAAACGUUAUCAAAUUUGAAU